AUGUCGGCGAAUCCUUUCAAGAAUCUUGGCAAGAACGUCAUCUAUGUUUCGAUAGGAGCUAUAGCGUCUGUUUUAGUGGCCAAAAGAGUGGUUAGAUCCAAGAAAGAAGCGCAGUACUCACCUUCUGCGUCGGCAAAUCAUGAAGAACACAAGGCUGGGACCGAAGGAUACUACGAUAAUUUAGCACAGGUCAGACCUGGAUUCCCAUUGCCCAGUCAGAAACAAACAGAGGCCAUCGAAAGGAAAAGCGAGUUUGAGGGACCUGGUAUGAGCGUUCUGAGCAGGAAACGAGGCGAUAGACUUGGAUUCUUGGACAGAAAAAGAGAUGAGUAG